AUGUCGGCCGAACAGAACGACAGCGGCAGCGGCAGCGGGAGCGGCAGUGGGAGCGCUCGGCCGAGCGAGGUCCCCACCCCCGUCCGCAAGGAGAAGAAGCGAGUCGGCUUCCACGCCAGCAGUGACAGCUUCGCCAGAGGAGGAGGUGACCAGGCCGGGGCUAGUCGACAUCGUGAGGAUGAGGUCGUCUUCUCACCUACCGGGUCCCCGAAGCUAGCCCCUGGAGAACUACCGCCCAACGCCCCAGACGCCUACGAACUAAGCCUUGCACUCACAAAGAUAUUGUCUGCCGAGCAGGAGAACAAGCGCCGCCAGCAGGAGAAGGACAAGGCGGAGAAGCUGUCCCCCGGAACCCCAGACCUCGCCGGUCCGAAGCGUCCGAGGCCAGCGUUGAGGAGAAACACCAGCUAUGACGCCCCUCAGGAUCGUGAGGUGGCCGAUCUGGCAGAGUCGCGGACGAGCGAGCGGCAACUCAGAUCCAUGACUGACGCUCGCCAGAGAGCUGAUCGCCUAGCCGUGUCAGUGGGAAGCUACUCGGCUCCGGGGUCUAGACGUGGCUCAGUUGACCUUACCGAAGUGCCGUCGGCCCAACCCCUGAUUGAGGACUACGAGAGUGACGAGGACGAUAUACCAAAGAAGACGACAGCUAUCGAUGAUGGAGGAACCUACUCUACCUUGCGCCAACGAGUACCGAGGAUAACUUACGAUUCCGAAUCCUUCAAGCACCACACCGAUGCGGAGAACCUGGUCAGAUCUCACAGCCGUAAAGGAAAGAGAGAUUUGUUUCAUCAGCAGCCAAGUGGACAAGCCUCCGGGACUGCAACUCCUGUUCUUGAGCAGAACUACGCUCACGACUAUGUCCCACGACCAGACAAGUACCGUGGAGGCAUCCUCUCCUCCCUUCUCAAGCUGUACCAUGAUGAUCGAGGAGCUCCAAGCAGUGGCUUCAACACCCCUCAGACACCUGGAACACCUCUCAUGUCCCCUCGUCCUUCGCCUCCAACCUCGAGACCUGCUUCAGCCAUGGGUACCCCUCUCCGUUCACCACCUCGCUCCCGACCCUCGAGUGGUCUCUUCAACUACCACAAGUCUCGUAGCUCGACAUCGUCGCUUGCCUUGACUGAACUUAUGAAGUCAUCUUCCAUGUUUGCGGUCCCAGCUUCCACAAACAUCUCUGACCAGUGGGCCGAAAAGCUCAAGAAAGAACAGACUCCGCCUCCCAAGAAGCGAGACAAGGCUCGCAUCACCAUCCACAUUGCUGGCAUCAUCCAGCGUCACCGCUACCUGUUGAAGCUAUGCCGUGCACUCAUGAUGUACGGCGCCCCGACGCAUAGACUGGAGGAGUACAUGACUAUGUCCUCCCGAGUCCUCGAGAUUGAAGCCCAGUUCCUCUACCUACCCGGCUGCAUGAUCAUCAGCUUCGACGAUAGCACGACACAUACUACCGAGGUCAAGCUCGUCCGCGUUCCCCAGGGUAUCGACCUAGGACGUCUUCGUGACGUGCACAACAUCUAUAAGGAGGUGGUGCACGACAAGGUCGGAGUGGAAGAAGCCACUAAGCGUCUGGACGAGGUGAUUCUGAACAAACCCAAGUUCAACAUCUGGCUCCGUGUGUUCCUCUACGGCGUUGCCUCCGCCUGCGUCGCCCCCUUUGCUUUCCAGGGACGUUUCAUCGACUUGCCCAUUGCAUUCAUCCUUGGCGCUAUCGUUGGAAUCCUCCAGUUGGUGCUGGCUCCUAGCAAUGAGCUGUACGCCCACGUGUUUGAGGUUUCGGCUGCAGUCGUCACAUCCUUUCUCGGACGAGCCUUUGGUUCCAUCAACAACGGCGAACUGUUCUGCUUCAGCGCUCUAGCCCAGAGCAGUAUCGCCUUGAUUCUCCCCGGUUACAUGGUCCUCUGCAGUUCACUGGAACUCCAGAGUGGCAACAUCGUGGCCGGAAGUGUACGCAUGGUGCACGCUCUCAUCUACACACUGUUCCUCGGCUACGGAAUCACCAUCGGAGCCUCCCUGUACGGAAUGAUUGACAAGAACGCGACGAGCUCGACCCAGUGCAGCGACCCCCUCGGACGGGAGUGGUAUUUCCUCUUCGUCCCCGGAUUCGCCAUGUGUCUCUGCCUCAUCAACCAAGCCAAGUGGAAACAGACACCCGUCAUGACGGCCAUGGCCCUGGCGGGUUUCUGCGUCAACAGCUACUGCAGCGAGUACUUUGGAGGAAACGGCCAGAUCUCCAACAUGCUUGGCGCCCUCGCCAUUGGUAUCCUCGCGAACCUGUACUCGAGACUUGGAAGACAUGCGGAGAAUGGUUGGUUGGACUUUGUCGACUGGUGGAAGCUCAGGGUGCGGCCGAGGUACACCAAGAAGAAGCUUACCUCGGAUACUUGGUCUCUGCCUUCAAUGUCCGACCCUGAGUCGCGUCCCCAGUCCCCCGAGAAGCCCGAGGAGAAGCCCCGGAAGGUCGGAUACAGUCUUGCCGCCGCAGCUAUGCUCCCCGCCAUCUUCGUCCAGGUGCCGUCUGGUCUUGCAGCAGGCGGCUCUCUGCUAGCCAGUAUCACAACGGCCGAUGAAAUCACCAAGAACCCAAGUGGCAGCACCGACUCUCUGGGCAAUCUCGAUGGGACGGCGUUCAAUGUCUUAUUCAAGGUUAUUCAAGUCGCCAUUGGAAUCAGUGUUGGUCUGUUCCUGAGCGCCUUGAUUGUGUAUCCUCUUGGCAAGAGGAGGAGCGGUCUGUUCAGUUUCUAA